GGCGUUCAAGUAAGGCAUUUUGAGAGAUUCUUUCAUCCGUAGUGAAUCAAUAAAGGAGAUUAUAUCAGUAAUCAAAGUUUACUCGAAAUGAAAUCUCCGAAGAUAUUAGGUUCGUUAUCUUAGGAUAUGGCCAAGGUGGCCCAUGCAGUUGAUUCAAAGUGGAUUUUAAUGCUCACCUGUCUCUGUCACACAUCAAAACAAGCUCCUCUCUCUCUCUCUCUCUCUCUCAUUCUUAUGGCGAGGGGUUAUCUUUGGAGUUGCUUUGCUCAGACGGAGCGACACACUAUUCGCAUCACUUAACGACUCAAGUCUCUCUCUCUCCGUUACCUACUUUGGAUUUCGGGGGAAGAAACCUUCUUGCCAGGAAGCUUAUUGUGCCCGUACAUAACCGAUUUGAAGCCUCGAUCAUCCCUUAUUAGCGACUUAACUGGCUUAUUUUCAAGCAUUAAACAUGUUGAAACAAUCACCUAGUAGAAAUCAGAGGUCAAAAAGCUUCAAGGUGAAGCAUGCAAUACAGGUAUGUCUUUUGCUUGCCAUUUGCAUAUGGCUGCUUUACCAAGUCAAACAUUCCCAUGAAAGGAAGAAGGCAUCUGAGGAGAACUCCAGAAAGGUAUCUGAAAAAUUCCUGGGUGGGCAUGAAAUCAUUAAACUUGGGAGAAAGGACCUCCACCCUCAAGUGGAGAAAACAGAUUUAGAAACUGAAAGAAAAGAACUGGAACAAGUAAUAGAAGAGAGUAAACCAGAAGAAAUUGAUGAUGGAAGAGGUGGUGGAGAUGAUGAAAUGGUAGGACGUGAUUUUGAGAGAGUUGACGAGGCAGAAUCUGAAGAAGUGGAUGAUUUAAUCGAUGGAGAAGAUAGGGAAAGAGAAGGAGGAAGUGAAGAGCUAGAUGAUGAAGGGAACGGAAAUCAAAUUGAGGAUGGAAGCUUUCUUGAAGAUGAUGCCCAAAUUGAAGAAGAAAGGAAUACCCAGGAGGCAAGGGAGGAAAAUUACCAAGGUGACGAUGCAUCCAAUGCGGUGGUUCAAAACACCCGAAGCAUAGGCACUGAAUUUGAAAGUGGACGUUUGAGAACAGUGAAGGGGCAGGAAGUAGAGGAUGCAGACAAAAUUGAAGUAGAGCAGGUCAAUGAAACUAAUAGCACACUAGAAGUUGAAGUUAAUAUAGAAGAUUCGGGUCCAGAGGUGAGUAAUGACCGGAAAGUAGGAAGUGUUGCCUUUGGAGAUGCAAUCCAUAUUCAAGUAGGUUCUGUAUCUGAAGUGGCAAACUCAGAGAGUGGCUCGACAAGGGAAGCUAAUAUUGAAACAAAAGUGCACAAUGAUUCAACCUUGAUGCUGACGGAAACCCCUGGAUCUUGGAAUGGAACACAGAGAUUCCACGAAUCAACUCGGGUGAUGGAUAUAGCCUCUAAUGCGACCAAUAGAGAAAUAGCAGUAUCAAUUGGUUCUGGGACUGUAGUACCAAAGGGAGCUGCCAACCUUGACGCAUCUGCUGUGUCUAGGGAGAGCUCUGCUUCUAAAACUACAAAGGAGAGGGAUCGUACGGGUGAAAUAAAAACUGGGGCUGGCUCAGCAUCCCUGAGAAACGAGAAUGUAGACUCUAGAAUAAUAUAAACGACAGCGAAGACGCCACAUAAUGAUGGUUUUUGAUUACUAUGUUGUCGGGUUUUCCCCCUUAGCUGUUUCUUCCAAGGAUGGACAUGUUGAGGGAGAUGAGCAAUUGUACAUGUUCUCCCUGUAUUUGCUUUGAGUGUGAUGGUUUUAGGAAAUCUUAGUAACUCAAACCUACAUUACAAAAAUGCUCUUGAUAAUGAAAUAUAUUAGUUAGAUACGUUUGUCCAGUGGUUAA